AUGAAGAUAUUAUGUGCUGUUGAUAAUGCUUUUUUUUGCAAUCUUGUUGAAGAUAGUGAUGAAGCUUAUGCAGAUGCCGAAGCCAUUAUAAGUAACUUAGAGUUAGAAAAUGAAGUUAUGUCAUUAGAAGCAGAUACAAUAGGUUGGAGAAAAGCUAAUACAAGCGAUAUUAGCACUAUAAUUCCAUUAUAUGAUUAUAAUGAUAUCAAGAAAUUCAGCAGUGAAUAUUCAAUACGAGUAGCGCAUGCAUAUUUAGGACACAAUCAACAACAAUGGACAACGUGUAUCCACUAUGACUUUUUAUCAACAAUCAAAAUAAAAAAUAUUGUCUCAAGUGGUUUGCGUACUGCAGGUGGCAGUUGCUCUCAUGUAACUGCAGCUUUAAUUGCUUUACAAUUUUGGAAAAAUAAUGAGAAAAUACCACCACUUUAUACAAAAGCAACGGCAUUAUUCAUCAAUGUUUUAGAUUGUGCUACAUAUAAAGAGAGAAAUAAAAUCAAACAUCCAUCACCAGAAGAUGAUAAAGCAAUCAAUCAAACCAAAAACUUAACAUCAUUAGAUGAAGAAUUAA